CCCGCGAGGUUGGGACACGGCGGGGGCGGGGCUCAGCGCGUGCGCGGGGAGAGGUGCCCACCCGGCCCGAGCAGGUGCUGGCAAGAGUCAUCAUGGUGCACCUUGCUCACCUCCUUAUGAAAAAUUAUCAUGGAGGACACGUAGCUAUCCGAUUGGCUCUUGGUGGCUGUGCCAACAGACCCUUCUUCCGUAUAGUGGUCGCAUAUAACAAGCGAGCUCGGGACAGCAAGUAUUUGGAGCAAGUGGGCUGUUAUGACCCGCUUCCAAAUGGCCACAACGAAAAGCUGGUUGGCUUGAACAUCGAGAGACUCAAACACUGGAUUGGUUGUGGAGCACACAUCACAAAACCAGUUGAAAAACUUCUAGGUCUAUCUGGAUUUUUCCCAUUGCAUCCUAUGACCAUCACAAAUGCAGAAAGAUUAAGGAAGAGAAGAGCCUUGAAGGCCAUAACAGCUUCUGAGGAAGAAACUCCAGGUGAUUGAUAACAUCUGUCUGAACUGAAUUACUCAAAAGAUUACUGUACAGACGAGGAUCAGGACAGUGUGCCAGCUCAAAAGACAAUAUAUUUACUACAGGGAAAACCGAUAGUGGAUGUGAAUUAUUUCAUAAGAACAUUAAAGUAUUUUGAGGCUUUAGGAGGCCUCAGACAAGGAUUCUGAUUGUCCUCAUUUGUUAAUUAAUAAUUUGUGUCAAAAUAAGAAGUAAUCGUUCAUGUUUAUGUCAAACUGCGAUUACUUAGGCCCAGAUCCACAAAGGUAAAAUUUAGGCUCCUAAAUUCCACUGAAAUCCAAUGGAAGUCAAGAACCAAAAUAGCUUUGUGGAUCUGGGCCUUCCAGAUUACAGCAUUUAUACAAAUUGAACACAAACUCCUGUUUUGUAAAUAGCUCUAGUGUGGAGGUGGAGAGAGUGUUACUGACUGUCAUCAGUCUAAUGUAUAGGAAGUUGUGCUGGAUGCCCCUGUAGGCGUCCUUCUAAAGUAAUCUUACCAUGACGUAAGCCAUAGUUGGUUUCUAAUUUUACAGUUAACUAUUUCAAGAUUUUGGGCAGAGGAGGGGCACUCAGAAUUGGCCACUGUUGCUUCUUUAUCUUCACCCAAUUAAGCUGCAAAUAGCGUAAGCAGCAGAAAAUCUUUUUUUCGAUUCGGGGUGCAGCACUGAAUGUGACCAGAAUUAUUUACCCACACUACUGUUCUUCCAGAAGGUAUCCCACAGAACAUCACCGCUCUAAGCACAGCAAAUACUUGGGUGUUUUUAUACCUUUCUCCCUGAACAGUAUUUGUUCAAACGUUAUACAUGAGUCCAGCUAAAACAAUCAUGUAAAAAUCCAGGAAUUACUACACGAUGUUCAUAGGUUAUCAGCCACCACUAGCAGCCAUUCGUAUUCCAGUGUGAUAAGCACAAUAAGAAUCGAGCUGUGGUCAGAGGCAGACAGUUAUCACUGUUACUUGGAGGAACUCGCACAUCAUUCAUUCUAUCGUCUUCAAUCCACAUUCUAACUCGCUUAAAUGUCUUAGGUAAGGCUUGUACCAUCCCCAAAGAUCACCAACCUCAGACUCUGGUAGCCAAACAAAGCCACUGCGUUUGAGUCAUGGAACAGUCAUCCCAAAAGCCUUAACGCCACAGUGCAAAUCUCAGAAUUAAUUAUGGGGAGCACAUAAGAUAUUUCUCAGCCCACACAGUGCAGCACAUCACACCUUUUAAAGCACUUGACGUAACAAAACUGAGACACACUCAUUGAAGAUCACAGGUUUCCGAGUGGUAGCUGUGUUAGUCUGUAUCAGCAAAAAGAACAGGAGUCCUUGUGGCACCUUACAGACUAACAAAUUUAUUUGAGCAUAAGCUUUUGUGGGCUGAAACCAACUUCAUCAGAUGCAUGGAGUGGAAAAUACAGUAGGAAGAUGCAUAUACACAGAGAACAUGAAAAGAUGGGGGUUGCUGUACCAACUCUAACGAGACAAACCAAUUAAAGUCUGCUAUUAGCAGCAGGAGGAAAAAUUGCUUUUGUAGUGGUAAUCAAGGAUGGCCCAUUUCAAACAGUUGACAAGGUGUGAGUAACAAUGGUGGGGGGGGGGGAUUAGCAUGGGGAAAUAGUUUUUAGUUUGUGUAGUGAGCCAUCCACUCCCAGUCUUUAUUCAAGCCAGAUUUAAUGGUGUCCAGUUUGCAAAUUAAUUCCAGUUCUGCAGUUUCUCACUGGAGUCUGUUUUUGAAGGUUUUUUUUGUUGAAGAAAGGCCACUUUUAGGGUGGGUUCUAGCCCAAAUAAAUUUGUUAGUCUCUAAGGUGUCACAAAUACUCCGUGUUCUUUCUGAAGAUCACAGUCUCCUGCUUAUUUAAGAAGCCCACAAUGCAAUAGUCCACUGUAGUGCUGACAGAAAAGUCGCCGUCCUCAGCUAUUGCUCCAAGAUGAAUCUGCUGCUGUUCGUGCACCUGAGGAAGUUGGUGGGGGCCCAAAAGAGGGCAGCUCAGAGCAAGAGAAAGGGCUGAGAAGAGCCAGGCAAGAUGGAGGCACUUGAGAUUCAUUGCAGGCCUAUGUGUUGCUCCCUUGGCACCACACCCCUACGGCAAACCAUGGCAACUCAGCCAGCUCUCAGUUGACAGGCAGCUGGGAAUUGGUUACUUUUUUAACGGAGAAGUAAAAUCUGAGCAAAUGUACACAUGGAACCACAGACAAAUAAGAUCUUUUGGGUGAUACCUGAAGUCCUGCCUGCAAAGGUUCAGGCAGACAUGGCGGGUUUGGAUUUCGCCUGGGAGUACAUUUAAACCAGGGGUUCUCACAACAAAGUCUUGUGUGGCCUCAGCGUGUGACCACCAAUUCUUGCUGGUGGCUGCUCUGACACUUUUCCCUAAAAUACUUAAACUUUAGGAAAAACAAAUAAAUAUGCACAUACACAUGUCCAAAUCAUUUAUUUAUGUUGGUUUUUUCAGACAAUAAUAAAAAUGAGGUGAAAAAUGA